GCUUUAUGUAGCCUAUAAGAACCCCCCACGCUGCUCACGGCAUUCAACCUCAACUACGCAAGAAAGAUGAGUCUCACUGCUAAGGACAAGGCAACAGUCAAAGCCUUCUGGGCUAAAGCAUCUGGCAGUGCUGAGGCAAUCGGCGCUGAUGCUAUUUCAAGGAUGCUGGCGGUGUACCCGCAGACCAAAACUUACUUCUCCCACUGGAAGGACCUGAGUCCCGGCUCUGCCCCAGUGAGGAAGCACGGAGGAAUUGUUAUGGGUGGAGUUGCAGAUGCUGUGAGCAAAAUCGACGACCUGACUGCAGGUCUCCUGAACCUCAGUGAGCUGCAUGCCUUCACUCUGCGAGUGGACCCUGCUAACUUCAAGAUUCUGUCCCAUAACCUCCUGGUGGUCUGUGCCAUCAUGUUCCCCGCCGAAUUCACCCCUGAGGUUCACGUGGCAAUGGACAAGUUCCUGGCUGCCUUGGCUCGUGCCCUGUCUGAGAAAUACAGAUAAACUGCAAACAGGAGCAGGAGCAGAUGAUGCACAGCAGCAUAUAUGCUUGUAUACUGUCUGUCACUCUGAAUACGAAUAAAAUAUGAAAUUAAA